AUGGCGCACAUUCUCUUCAAGAAGCAAGAUCUCAUCGCGCACAUUCUUCACGAGGCGGAGAUGAUCGACAAAGAGAUGUUGCUUUCAGUCUCCAUGCUUCGCUCGACGCUUGCCAUCUUGAAGCGCUUCUCAGCCUCUGGCGAGGAAGAUGGCUUAGCUGCUCAGUUUCGCCGAGACGAGACUGCGACUCGUGGCUCCGGAGGGGGGUUCGAAAACACGUUCGCUGUCCCAGUGGCCAACCACAGCGACCAGCAGGGGCAGGACGAGAAGACGCAGGCGGUGAUCGACUUCGCGCGGGGCGUCUGGUCUGGCCACUUUGACGAGGAGCUCGAGGAGCUCGUCUCCCAGGACCUGCAGGGAGGUGCGCCCGGAUUGUUGCGGCACCGGUACUUCAACGAGAGCGCCGAGGAGAUGGGCGCCAAGUGCCGCGCGCUGGUCGCAGCUUGCUCGGCAGGCCCCAUCUCGGCGAACCCUGCCGCGAACUCGGCCUCCGGCUUGGUCAUGGGGGCGUCGGAGCUCGGGGAUGCUGACCAGGAGGACCUCCGAAAAACCAAGGAGUUGCUGAUCACCUUGCGCAGGAAGACCGUUUCGUUCCUGGCGCUGCCGACCGUCGGCGGAGUGUCUUGCGGGGAAUACAGCACUGCCCAGUUGCAGAAGGUGUGGGGCGAGAUGCGUCUCGGACACAGGUGCGCCAGGAAAAAAACCGACGCGCGAGCAUUCAUUUUGUCGGCGGACCUUUUUCCACCAAACGUGAGCAAGAGCGGGGCGGCGGCGAACUUGGGCGACCCCGUCGGUUGCGAUGCGGAGCGCUUCGGGCGCGCGCUGGACUUCGUCUGCCAGAAGCGCUCGGUUCAGGACAUAGUCAUUUUCCUCGAUGGGCGGAGCCGCUCGUGCCGCAAGUGCUGGUGCGUGUACGUGCAGCCGCCCAAGCAAGAGGAUCCCAGGGUUCCAGGGAGAGUGAGUUGUUUCGCGUGCAACAACAAGGAAGUGGCCAUCUGCUCGAUCCCGAAGAGGGGCGCCAUGAAGGUAGUGGAGCGCGCGGAGUUUAACACGUGCGGCGAGUCUUCGAGUGCCGCAACGACGUACACGGGCGUGCCUAUGCGGCAGUACUGCGAGCUCCCGCGAAUGACCUACGAGACGAAAGCUUCAAUUCUGGGAAUCGCAGCCUCUGGCGCGGUAAAAGGGAAGCGCGCGCAGAAAGACAUCGAAGCGAAAGGGCGCCCCUUCGCUCACCUCGAAGUGAAGCCAUUGCAUUUGUGGCAGCGCAUUUGCGAGCACCACCACGUCGCGCACAUCGUUGACUUCGGGGCGGGGUCUGGCGCGUUGGCAAUCGCAGCCGCUGGCGCGAUGGAGUGCGAGGGCGUGGCGGCGAACGAGGUGCACCGGGAGUGGCUCGACUCGACCUUGGACCGAUGCGCGAUGCACUUGGCGGGGCGUGACAAGAACUUCGCGAAGAUGCUCGGCGGCGACGAGGCUUUCGUCGAGAAAGUGGAGAAGUACUUCGCGGGGGCGAUGAUGGAGGCGCGGCGCUUGCUCGAGCCAAUUCAGGGCGCGGCGGAGGACGAUGAGGAUCCAUCGGAGGAUGAGUAG